CGCGGCUGCGCGGGCGCGUGCUGGUGGCCUCGGCGGCGGCUCAGUCCCGGCCCGCGCCCGCGGCGCCCCCGCUGCGGCCCGAGCGGCCUGGCUGCGGGAUCUGUGCGCAGCGAUGGCGCGGCCGCCCCGGCAGCACCCGGGGGUCUGGGCGCCGCUGCUCCUGCUGCUACUGACGGGGCCCGCCGCCUGCGCAGCCAGCCCCGCGGACGACGGGGGACCCCGGGGCCGCGCGCGGGGGGACACGGGGGCCGACGAGGCGGUGCCGCGCCACGACUCCUCCUACGGCACCUUCGCGGGGGAGUUCUACGACCUGCGCUACCUGUCGGAGGAGGGUUACCCCUUCCCUACUGCUCCUCCUGUGGAUCCAUUUGCCAAAAUCAAAGUGGACGACUGUGGAAAAACUAAGGGAUGCUUUAGAUAUGGCAAACCAGGCUGUAAUGCAGAGACCUGUGACUAUUUCCUCAGCUACCGGAUGAUAGGGGCUGAUGUAGAAUUUGAGCUGAGUGCAGACACAGAUGGUUGGGUAGCAGUUGGAUUCUCUUCAGACAAGAAAAUGGGUGGUGAUGAUGUCAUGGCCUGCGUCCAUGAUGACAAUGGCAGGGUCCGCAUACAGCACUUCUAUAAUGUAGGCCAGUGGGCAAAGGAGAUUCAGAGAAACCCUGCCAGAGAUGAAGAAGGAGUUUUUGAGAAUAAUCGCGUCACCUGCAGAUUUAAACGCCCUGUGAAUGUUCCCAGAGAUGAAACAAUUGUUGAUCUGCAUUUGAGUUGGUAUUAUCUGUUUGCUUGGGGUCCAGCCAUUCAGGGCUCUAUCACUCGACAUGAUAUAGACUCACCGCCGGCUUCAGAGCGUGUUGUCAGUAUUUACAAGUAUGAAGACAUUUUUAUGCCAUCAGCUGCCUAUCAAACCUUCUCAUCUCCAUUUUGUUUGCUUCUGAUUGUUGCUCUGACCUUCUACCUAUUGAUGGGAACCCCCUAACCACAGCUGCAGGGCCAACAGAUUACAUGGAUUGGGAAGUCUUUAGUAUAAAUAUAUUUUUUAAAGAAUAUCCAGUAUAAUUUUAGCUUCAAUUAUUUAAGAAAAAAAAAGCUCACAUAAUUACAGCUUUUUGGAAGAAAGAACAAGCUUCUUUUGUAGUCAAAGAAGAUUGUUUAAUAAUGACCCUAUACUUUUGGAACGUAUUUACACCUUUUCUAAGCACUUUCAAAUAUGUUUUCUUAUUUAACUUCACAACAUCUCUGAGUUGGAUUGAUGAAAAUUAUGAUUGCCAUCUUCCUGAAUGGGAUUUGAGACCCAAAAAGACUGCCUUUUUAUGAUCCAUAUACCAUAUAACUUUGGCUAGAAAUGACAAAUUGAAAGGCAGAGAAAGAACUAGGUAUAGAAAUCAUGUCUCAAAACAGUCUUUACUAUGAGUGCUAUAGCACAGACAGUUAUUUUGAAUAUUACUAGGGAGAACUUUACUGAAUGUCGUAAGUUCACAGUAGCCUUUUGGGCAGAAGAACUUUCAAAUUUCCGUAAAGCAGAAGUGCUUUUGGAUAUUUACACAGCCAAUGGGGAGAUUGGAGGAAAAUAUAAUGAUAUGAAAAUAGUUCAUAUUUAUUUGAAAUUUUGGCCGAGCACGGUGGCUCAUGCCUGUGAUCCCAGCACUUUAGGAGGCCAAGACGGGCAGAUCACCUGAGGUCAGGAGUUCAAGACCAGCCUGGCCAACACGGUGAAACCCCGUCUCUAUUAAAAAGUACAAAAAUGAGCCAGGCGUGGUGGAGCACACCUGUAAUCCCAGCUAUUCGGGAGGCUGAGGCAGGAGAAUUCCUGGAACCCAGGAGACAGAGGUUGCAGUGAGCCGAGAUUGUGCCACUGCACUCCAGCCUAGGUGACAGAGCCAGACUCUGUCUCAAAAAUAACUAACUAAAUAAAUAAAUAAUAUUUAUUUGAAAUUUCUUCUCAGUUAGAGAGUAGUUAUGGGAAAACAUUUUUACUGCUGUUUGGAAAGGUUAGAGACCAAACUGUGAGCAUUCCUGAAGAUGUAAAGUUGUGUUAAUGAUACUUAAAAAAAAAAAAAAAGGGAAUUCUUAGCAGUUAGAAUUUGAACUUUUCUACCACUGAAUUUUAUAAAACUAAGGUAUUCAUCUGUGGUUAUAGUGAAUUCUCUUGUCAGAGCCAGCAUACAUUAAGUAUGAUUAAAAA